UGAUCGAACGGUUUCUCCUUCCAUCUUGUGCAUAAAUUGCUUCAUUGCCAAAAACCCACAAAAUAUUUCUUAGCUUUUGUGGUUCUUGAACAAGUUACAGUCGUCAACAGCUAUGGCUGCCGUCAAAACACAUGGAAGCCCUUUGUCAACAGCUACUCAGAGGGUUCUUGCAUGCCUUUACGAGAAAGGGGUUGAGUUUCAGUUUGUUCCUGUAAACAUGGGAGCUGGUGAACAUAAAUCAGAAAAGUACCUUUCCAUUAAUCCAUUUGGUCAAGUUCCAGCUUUUGAAGAGGGAGACUUUAAGCUCUUCGAAUCAAGGGCAAUCACCCAAUAUAUUGCCAAUGAAUACUCGGAUAAGGGGGCCCAACUGUUAUUGCCCGGCUCUAAUAAGAGUAUGGCGGUCUUACAAUUGUGGAAAGAGGUAGAAGCCCACCAGUUUGAUCCUGCAUCUUCAAAGCUAGCCUGGGAGCUGUUUUACAAGCCAUUUUUUGGACUGGCUACUGACACUGCAGUUGUGGAGGAAAAUGAAGCUAAGCUUACCAAAGUUCUAGAUGUCUAUGAGACUCGAUUGGCUCAGUCAAAGUACUUGGCAUGUGACUACUUCACCUUGGCAGAUCUGCACCACCUCCCCAACAUUCAAUGUUUGCUGGGGACCCCAUCCAAGAAGCUGCUUGAUUCACGUCCCCACGUUAGCGCUUGGGUAGCUGACAUCACAGCAAGGCCAGCUUGGUCCAAGGUCCUCGCUAUGCAAAAACAAUAAAGACUUGGCACCUUCUAAGCUAGCUAUUAGCAUUCAAUGAAUAAUGUCAGGUGUAGUCUUUUGCAUUUUGGUUUCAGUAUUGUAUCUCUUUGCCAUUGUCUCAUAAAAAGUAAGUAGAAGAUUUCUGUAUUGUCUUCAACCUUCAA